AUGGAUGCACCCGUUCCGAUAGUUCGAACCGAAGGCGAACUUGCUGUUGCGGAGGAAUUAGGGCAAAAUGUUGAUCAUAUCAUCGUGAAGGUUGAUGAGUUACUUACAUCAUCAGUUCUGAUUGGUCAAUUGGUUAAUGCCCACCAACAUUUGUUGACACUCAGGAUAACAAAUUAUCUUGGAAUGAACCAAGAAGUGGUUAUCAUGCACUUGGCUUGUUCAAAGCUCACAGUAUCAUCAAUAGUUCUUGAUGCUACUCCCCUUGAAAUUUUACUUGAUAAGGUUCCUCUGUUACUAGGCAUUGGGGAAGAAGAUACAACCCUAAAUAAGGUAACUGAAAGUGGCGAUACUGAUCUUGUUUAUCUUGUUCUCUUUCAUAUAUGGCAUAAGAGGCCAACAUUGGAAUUAUUUGGAAUGAUACAAGCUAGACCUAUUGCACACAAUCUAUUCAUACGUUAUGCAAGGUACUAUAUGUUGGAUUAA